AUGUUGCUCAAGUAUUUUACCUUCCUUUCCUUGAUCUUCGUUAAUGUCUUGGCUGAAGAAAAAGAUGUGGUGGAACUUACCGAUGAUACUUUUAGCCAUGAAUUAGAGCGGCUUGAGAACACGCUUGUUAUGUUUUAUGCACCAUGGUGUGGUCAUUGCAAACGAUUAAAACCAGAAUAUGCAAAAGCUGCUGAAAUGCUCUUGGGUAAUGAUCCUCCAAUUACUCUUGCCAAAGUAGAUUGCACAGAAAGUGGAAAGGAUAGCUGCAACAAAUAUUCAGUUAGUGGUUAUCCAACAUUGAAAAUCUUUUCUAGAGGUGAUUUUGUUAGCGAUUACAAUGGACCUAGAGAAGCUGCUGGUAUUGCCAAGUAUAUGAAGGCACAAGUUGGUCCAGCAUCUAAAGAAUUAAGUGGAGAAACUUGUUUGAAAUCAUUCUUAGACUCUGAUGAAGUAAGUGUUGUAGGUUUCUUUGAAAAGGAAGACUCAGCCUUAGCGACAUCCUUUCAUGCUGUUUCUAAGAAACUUAAAGAAAAAGUUAGAUUUGCACAUACAACAGCAAAAUCACUUUUAGAGAAAGAAGGACAUAAGAAUGCUAUAGUUCUAUAUAGACCAAAAAUUCUACAGAACAAAUUUGAAUCAAACACUGUGAAAUAUGUAGAGUCUAUGGGUGACAUUCAAGAAUUCAUUAAUAAAAAUUACUUUGGUAUUGCGGGCGUACGUACCCGGGAUAAUGAAAGAGAGUUUAAAAAUCCAUUAGUUGUUGCAUAUUAUGCAGUGGAUUAUGUUAAGAAUCCCAAGGGUACAAAUUACUGGCGUAAUAGAAUCAUCAAAGUUGCUAAGGACUUCCCCAAGUUAAAUUUCGCUAUUUCUUCCAAAGACGACUUCCAGCACGAAUUAAACGAUUUUGGAAUUGAUUUUGUUAAGGGUGAUAAACCUGUUGUUUUAGCAAGAAACGCUAAUAAUCAAAAGUUCGUUAUGAAGGAUGAAUUUUCUGUCGAUACAUUUGAGGCAUUCUUAAAAGAUAUAGAAGCUGGCACUCUAGAACCAUAUCUAAAAUCUGAACCAAUACCCGAAGAUAACACUGGAAAUGUUAAAAUUGGAGUAGCCCGAAACUUCGAUGAAAUUGUUACAAACAAUAACAAAGAUACAUUAAUUGAAUUUUAUGCACCUUGGUGCGGUCAUUGCAAGAAACUGGCACCUAUUUACGAUGAAUUAGGUGAGAAACUUGCGACCGAAGAUAUCGAGAUUGUGAAGUUCGAUGCCACUGCUAAUGAUGUUCCUGCCCCGUACGAAGUUCGAGGAUUUCCAACACUUUAUUGGGCGCCCAAAAACUCCAAGAAUAAUCCAGUAAAAUAUGAAGGUGGCAGGGAGCUUGAUGAUUUCAUCAAGUAUAUUGCUAAGCACGCGACCAAUGAAUUAAAAGGAUUUGAUCGUAAGGGAAAGACUGUUAAGCUGAAAAGUGAUGAAUUGUAAAUUUUUUCACAUUAAGAUGUGAAGUUGUUUAUUACAAUUAUUAUGUAAGUCUCAGCAACAAAGCUUGGAGUGAAAUUUUCCUUGUACGAUUUAUAAGUGUGAAAAAAGUGGCAUGUAGUUAAAAACGUAAAAGCUAAGAAUUUUAUGAAUGAAAGAAAUUAAAGACAUUUGGUAAUAUGACUGCAUUUAUUUUACAAAGUAUUUGAAAAACAAAGUGAAAAAGUAUAAUUAGAAUAGGAUUGUCUAUAUAUAUUAUGUAACUUUAUAAUGUUGUAUAUCAUGUAAAACUAUGCAGAACUGAUUUAGAAUUAUGAUGUCAAUAUUUUCCAGAUUUAA